ACAACUUCCUUCAUUAACCCAGCUCCAUACUCUACACUUGAGGAACACGCAGGUAAUAAAUAUGAAGGUAACAUAUUGAAAUUGUAUUCUUGUGGGCCAUUGCACAAAUCAAUUUAUAGUUGUGAGGUUUGAUGAUGUGUCAUGAUCUCUUUUGUUAUUGAUCAGUGCAAAUUUGGCCUGUUGGAAUCAAAUUAGUGCAUUCAAGGCUACCUGAGCUCCACAUAAAAUUAGAUUCUUUUGUUGGUAAAUUUCUCUAAGUUUCAGUCACCCUUGCCUUCUUUUGUCUUUACCUCUCUACAAAAAAGUGGAAUUAUCUCCUACCUUUGGAAACAUUCCAGUCCAUUCCAAAAUAUUGUUUCUGGAUGGCUGACUAUGAAAAUUGUUAAAGUGCUGAGUUACUGUAAAUGUAGCAGAUGAUGAUUAUGUGCCUUGAUUUGAUAACAUAUUGUUAGUGAUAACGUAUAGAUCCGCUUAUUAUCUGAUGCUACAUUACACUGAACUAUAUUUAAUUCAAUGGUGCUAUGCAUUGGUCAGCUAAUAAUGGAAAUCUCAUUGCCUUUACAGAGAACAAUAACAAACAUGCCAAACAAAUUGGAGGGCCUUGUCAAUCUAACAGGUAGUGAGCAGUUGCAACACUUAAAAAAAUUACUAUUUGUUGUCAUGAUUUGCUGCAGUUUAAAGAGCUGAGGUUGAUUUUAUAUAUAUUUUUGGCUUUAUUUGUAAGAGGUUAAGGUAAGUUUGGGAUUCAGAUCUCAAAUUAAACUCCUCACUCUUCUUAUUUCAGAUUUGGAUCUAUCAUUUAAUGAUCUACCAAGAGGUAAGAAAUUGAUUGAAUUAAUGCAAACUCAUUCCUUGGGAACAUGUUUGAGGAUUGAUUUUCUAUUAAUAAUUAGAUAAUGUUACAUUUUCCUUUUACGCAGAAUAUUCCCUUGAUUAUAACUGCAAGAAGCACUGCUGCUCACAUGACAGAUAGUUAACAUGUAGCAAUUUCUUUGACAAUAUCACAAUAUGCGUGUUUUAAAUCUUAUUGAGCUGUUUGUCACUUUUGCAGUUCCUGAGCCAGUGUACCUGAUUGCUAGCCUGAAAAGAGUAAAUUUGUCACACAACCAGAUCACUGAAGUGUCUACACUCAUGGGUAAAAUGUUUUUGUGUGAAAAAGGUUCAGAACAGACUUUCAAGUGAUUCGCACCACUGUAUUGUUUAGUUCUUGUUCACCCAUGUGGUAUUGUCUUACAGAUACAUGGACACAAGUAGAGACAUUGAACUUAUCAAGGAAUCAACUUACAGGAAUUCCAGUAAGAACCAUCCUCUUUUAAAUAAGCUCCCACCUCAAAUACAGUAUUGUGCAAAAGCAAUGCAAGCACCUGUUGACGAAAUUCAAUGAAAUUCCUUGCUUUUCUACAAAUUUGUAACCAAAAUGAAAUUUCAACAGCUCAAACUCUCAAGGUCCAAAAAUCUAUUGAGCACCAAGGGCAUUUGAUUCAAUAGAUAAUUUAAGGUAAAUUAAAGUUAUUUGGAAUCUUUCUCCAUACUACCAAUGAUCAGAGAAAUUUCUAUAUAAAACACAAAAAAUGCUAAUAAGCACUUUCUGUAUGUACAUAUGUAAUAUUAUAUACUUUUUGGAUUUUCCAUCAAUUGAAAGUAAUUCUUUUGCUCUGUUUCUUUCAGGCUGCACUUUGCAAACUGGUGGCCCUCAAGAGAUUUUUUAUCAAUGGUAAGCAUCAUCAGCAAUAGUACUUACUGCAAAUCAAAGAAGGUUUUUGAUAAUGAUAAUGAUGAAGGUUAGCUUUGUAGACAAAUUAUAUAUUAUGGAAAUUUGACAUCUUUCUAUCUUUUUUGGUUUUUGUUGUUGGUUAGUUUAUAAGCUGAUCAAAAUGUGUCAUAAAAACUCAGGUGUUGCUUUUUGUAAUAGGAAACAAUAUCAACUUUGAAGGACUGCCUACUGGAAUAGGAAAGCUGUACAACCUGGUAAUUUUAGCUGAAGGUGCCUUCCAGAGGUCUGGACUCAUGGCACCUGAUUUCAGUCAAUCUCAUAAUGAAUAAGACUUGCGAUUAGUUUAUCCUUAAUGGUUAAAAAAAAUUCCACCACAAUGUUAGAUACUGAUUGCUAUGCUUUGUAAUGUCCAAACUAAAGUAAAAGACUUGGAUGAACCAAAAAAAAGACAAGGAGCAGUCAACAAGAUGAGGUGCUCUGGUUGCGUAGCCUCUUUCAUUGGAGAGACUGACAAGAUCUUCAACAUAAGACUGACUAUACAUAAUUGAAAAAUCUUGUACUGAAUGUCGUUUACUUGCAAACUACCGAUCUGGUAUGGCAGUUCUGAGAAACAACAAAAUCAUCUCUGGGAAUCUUAUACCUAACAUCUUACUGGUAGUUAGGACUGGUAAUAAGUCAUAUUAAUCAUUUCUUUAAUGUGAUUUCUGCAAUAUUUUUUACCCAUAUCAUUUAUGUUUGUUUUUACAGGAAGUUUUCAUGGCAGCAUGCAAUAAAUUGGAGUGCAUCCCAGAAGGGCUGUGUAGGUAUGUCAUGAUGAGAGAAGAACCUCUGAUUAAGAACAAUUUGUGUCCAGUGGAUAAUUAAGCACUUUGAUAUUCAAUCAUUUUGUUUUAUCAACUGAGUCAAUAAUAUGAAUUGGCUGCCAUUAAGACUUUCUAAAGCUGACAGUUGAAGCUGACCUUUUGAAUGUUGGGGCUAACCCUCAGUGAAAAUAUCAGCUUUAGAAACGGUGGCCAAUAUAUAUUUAUUAAUUAACUUAGUUGACACAACCAAAUAAUCUUGUAAUACCUUCCGCCAAUGCAGCACCACAGUUUCUUUAGAAACUUACCCCCUGAAUACAUCAUAAUUUUAUUACUUUAACAGGUGUCUGAAGUUACGCAAGCUGAUUCUUCACACAAACUGUUUGUUUACUCUGCCAGAGGGAAUACAUUUUCUGACAAAUUUAGAGGUAAGAUCACAUUAUCUCAGUACUUUUAUCAUUGUCAUCAUCACCAAUCACCAUCCUCUGUGGGAACACAACCAAAACUUUUGGUGUAGAAGUAUUCUUGUUGGGCUAUGAUCCAUCACAUUCUUUCCACCAGUAGCUUUGAUAAGCUGACUAUCACAAUGCUGCACAACAUGCUAACAUUGAAAUUAACACACGCAACUGGAAACUAGGGUUUGUUGAGUUGACUGACAAUUAAUAAUGGAAACAACAAAAAAGGUUCAGGUCAUGUCAGAGGCAAGGAUAAUAACUUCCUUACCUACCCCCUAGGCCUUAGCAGUGUUUAACUGUUUAAUUUCCAGCAGUAAUCAACAUGUAACUUCUCCCUAUAAUAUUCUAUACAUUAUCCUGUAAACUGGUAAUGAGAAUACUCACACUUAUCAGGCAGAAGUUAUUACCUUGAUCUAACACUUAUUUCAUGCAAGCUAGUUUGUAAUUAAUAACUUGUUUUAGCCAGUUUGAAUGUCUGACAUUCUGUCUUUCCUUUUUCGGAAAAUCUCAGAUAGAGUAAAAAAUGAUCUCUGAAAAUGAAUUCACAAAUUUUAAGGUUUUUAGUUUUAAAGAUCUAGUUUUGAUCAAUUUUCUUUGUUUUCUGUAAGGAACUUGAUGUCCGAAACAAUCCAGAACUGGAGAUGCCUCCAAAGCCUGUCCCUGAUGAACUAGGGAGUGGACCAGAGUUCUAUAAUGUAGACUUUACCUUACAGACCCAGCUAAGAAUGGCCACAGGGGCCCCACCACCACCACAACGUAAGUAUAGCAAUCCACCCAACGUAUGGCAUUGUUCAUCAUGAAGUUCUCUUUGGCUUAGUUUGUUGAGAGUAGAUGGCAAGAAUAAGUGUCUUGACUGUGAAUAUAUGAAAAUCAUAUGAAUUACAUGAACUACAAAGUAAGAAAAAAUAAAAUAUGUGUUUCUUAUUCUGUAGUUCACUUACUUAUAUGAUUUUCAAAUAUUCACAGGCAUUUAUUCAUCACUUCACGGGUUUAUUUGGAACCAACAUUAAUUUAAAUAAUGACCACAUCCCAGAUGGCUUGUCAGCACAGUUUGUAGAGCACUGCACAGGUAUCACAGAGGUCAUGGAUUCAAAUCUGGUACAGGCCUGAAUCUUUUUCAAGCCUUAAUUUCACUACUGCUUAAGCAGUGUUCAUUACUGCAAAGAUCACUUUCUUAUCAACAAGUGCCCUGUUGGAACAAGGAAAAUUUUGAAGGCAAUUUUGUAACUUGUAUUAAUAACUGCUACAGUGGACUUCAAAUCUGAUGGUUGUAUUAUGAUGUUAAUGUAAGAAGUCAUUUACAUGUUAACAAUAUUUAUUUCAUAAUUAUCCCAUGAACAUUUUAUUUAACUCAUUAAAUCAAUUCACCCAUAUUUUAUCUUGUAAUCUAAACAAAUUUUUAAGAAGAACUUUGUAGUGGUCUCACAGAAUAUUAUGUUAACCUUUUAGCCAACAAAGAUUCUUAUGCAAGAAAGGUGAGUAACAUUCACAUUUUUAGUCAAGAAAAUUGGUUUAAUUAGGAAUUGAGUACCGUAUUUACCAGUGUAUAGGCUGCACUAUGAACUGUUGACCUAAUCUUAGGGAAAAAAGUUUUUCCAGUAACAAAGCACAAUCAAGCCAAAAAGUUGAGAAAACUCUUUCUUUAUAUUAUUUUAACUUUUAAAUGGAAAUAUCUACAACAGACUAGAAUCUCAUCUUGCCAAGGGAACGAUACUCAUAAUUGCUUCGUGCAGCAAAAUGGAGAAUAAGCUGCUUCUGGCAGUAAUUCAAUGGGUCAUUAUGCUGGGUCAGUAUUUUAAUGGUUCUCUAUGCUCAUAAUUCUGAAUUGCCUAACCCUGGGAAUACCAUGGAUUUAAAAGAAUUGCUUGGCAAACUUGAUGUAGGUCAUUUUUGGUGGAGAAAAAUUGGCUGUGUUUUCAUUCUCUUUGUCCAAAAUGCAUUUAAUUGUCAAAUUGGUAAAUCAAAGGUAAUCUCUAUGCAGUCUGCACUGUAAGUUGAAAAUGAUAAAUCUUUUCUGUGAUUUAUGAUUUCCAGAUGCGAAUGAGGGGAAGGCGCUAUCAAAGCCAGUCAGAGGAACUCAAGGUAAGAGAGGAUACAGUAGAGAAAAAGCUUAUCAUCCUAUGAGGUAAUUGAAAUGACAUCCUAGGUACCUUUUUGAUUCUGUUAUUUUCUCCAUCGUAGGGUAUGGUAGAGGAUGCUGAGGAGAAAAAAGUCUCAGGAAAAAACAAGAGAUUGGGUAAAAAGGUAGGUCACUGGUAAAACUUUGUCUGAGUGUUCUUUUUUUUAUCAUAACUUGUGAAGCAGGUAUAGAUCUGUAAGUUACAAACCAGAGAUAUGAGUGGGGUGAAAAGGAAAAUUUCAGUCACUGACACUGACUCCUUACUGGAGUCCAUUUGAGUUGAAGUCUUCUGGAGGAUACAGCACUUUGAAAGUGAGGUUGGAAUCUUGACUAGUUAACAAAAUUCUUGUGGUUAACACCCCAUGGUGCACUGCUAGGAUUUAAGAGGCAUUUCAUUCAUAAUUUUUGCAAGUAGAUUUCGACCUGUACAACGAGAAUAAAGGAAAUGAUCACCAACUUAAGAAGCUCUUGAUUGUUAACAAAAUUUUCCUUGUUAGCACCUUAGGAAAUGUUUAGAGAACAGUAUGGAGAAUAUGCAUACUGAUGUUAGGGUGUAACAGGUUUAUAAUGCUUAGCAAUGGGAAAUACUACCAUAAGAGUGAUGAUACUCACUGAUUCGUUGAAUUUUCUUUUUUCUUCUCAGCAAGACUCAGAUGAGCCUGAGAAACUUUUGAAGUAAGUUUAUCCCACAUCCUUGAAAACUGAACACACUCGUUCAUUCAAACCUUCUUUGGAUUUGUUGCUGGGGCUGGCAUGUCUUAAUGAGUAGAUAUAGGGUGUCAAAGACCCUGUGGAGUCAAGCAGGGGAGCUUAAGAUAUUAUUGAGAAUUAUUAUUUACCAAAUGAAUUUAAUUGUUACCAGAAUAGUGAGGCAUAAUGUCUGUUCUUAUUUGACUUCUCAUUCAAUUUUAAUAGGGGUAGGAAGUGGAAUGAGGCAUUAGUGAAACCUAAUCUGAAUUAUAACGAUUUCUUUAAUGAAGACACUGGCCAAGAACCUGGUAAGAUCAUCAAAAUAAAUGACAGUCUUCAAUAUUGCAUUUUACUUGCAUUAAUUUUAAAAUGAAAUGAAAUAAGACUUAUUUUAAAGCAUUUACUACAUGUAGUCACCCAAAACUAUGGUAGUGGAUUUGUGUGUUGUAUAAUACUAACAAUUUUUUGUUAAAGUACACUAAGUUUUUUACUGACUCUUGUCAAUAUUUUUCUUUCAUUCUACUUCAAUAUAAAUAACAAUUACAGUACCUAAAGGAGACCAAAAAUUGUUGCUUUCAUUUUUGCAGGUCUGGUAGUAUGGCAAAUUGAAAAUUUCCUACCAGUUUCAGUUGAUGAAUGUAAGAGAGUUAUUUGAAAUCAUUUCAACUUGAAUAUUAAUUUGAAAUGGCAAAAAGGCAGUAAAGAGAAUGAUUUUUUAAUUCUUAUCAUUUUUUUCUUGAUAGUGUUCUAUGGAAAGUUUUAUGAAGCUGACUGCUACAUUGUUCUCAAGGUGACUUUCCUUUAAAGUAAUUUUGGUCUUAGUCUUGGUUUCAAAGGGUUGUCUUUAGUUACACAUACACUUCUUCUCUGCUUGUCCGGUGGUAACUGAUACUUUUUACACAUUCAGACUAGUUUUGAUGACACAGACCAGUUGUUUUGGCAAAUAUUUUACUGGAUUGGAAAAGAAGCCUCAGUAAGUGUGCCAACCAUUUAUUAAGUACAAAAUAAAUAAUUUAUAACUCAUCACUGAUUAUAAAUACUAUUGAGAAAGUUAUUAAUUGUUUAUUAUCCACUCAUGAAUGUUGUUGAGCACCAGACUUCCUUGAGGAAGGUCAGGGGUUCAUGCACUAGACUGGACUAACACUCAGGGUCUUAAAAUAACUGAAGCAAAUGAGCUGCCUUUGCUUUGACAUCCACAAACAGUUAGACAUUCUUGUCUUCUUGCAUAAAAGCAGUAAUUUAUUGGUUCCGUCUCCUGCAUCUUCUUUGUACUGGUUAGCAGGGGAUGCUAAAGAACCCACACACUUCUCGCAAAGAGUGCAGAAAUGCAGCUCCUGGUGUUGUAGACAUGCCUUGUUAUUGUCUAGAGAAGCACUCAUUUAGACCAGCUUUAAAGCUUAGUCAGACUGUCCUUAAUAUUGCAAAUAAAUAAAUAACUAUGACGGUGGAAAUCAUCUCUGGAAGAAAUCUCCAUUGGAAGCUACCAUACUUUGAUCUUGAGUUAGAUAAGCCUCAUGACUAUGAAUUUAUUGUUUUGUUAUUUAGCUCGACAAGAAGGCUUGCUCAGCUAUCCAUGCUGUAAAUCUAAGAAAUUUCCUUGGUGCUGAGACACGGACUGUGGUUAGUUCUUCGUUGUUUACUUUUGCUUCUGUACUUCUGUUAGUUCAUUUGACAAGUGUUGAAUUGAUAGGUCACAAGAUCACAUGUCAGUCAAAUAUGAAAAAUAAAAAUAAAAGCAAAGGUUGGCAAUAGUGUAGGACUCCUAAGUAAUGAUAUCUUUUGUCUCUAAAGCGUGAGGAACAGGGAGAUGAGUCAGAGGAAUUCUGUGAACUGUUCGAAAAUGGCCUCAAUUAUGUUGAGGGUAAGGAAUAACAUUUUAGCAGUAUGUGACUGUUUGUUAAAUUGAGUAACUUGCUUUCUUUCAAUAUUAGCCAGGCACAUAAUGACUUAAUUUAGCACUGACAGCAGUUAACCCUUAAACUCUCAGAAGUGCUUAACGUAUAACUUCUCCUUACAAUAUCAUUAAGUUGUCCAGCUAACAGGUAUUGAGAAUAUUUAAACUUAUCAGGUAGAAGUUGUUAUCUUGAUCUAACACGAAAUUCCCAUAACUAAUUUAUAAGGAAAUAUGUAGCAGUUAGAGAGAAUAAUUAAUAUUAAGAUCCUGGGAAUGAAACAUUUAAUAACAUUAUUUAAUAUGUUGUAUAACUACAGGUGGUACAGCUAGUGGAUUUUACACAGUUGAAGAUCCAGUAAGUAUGUACAAAUGAGCUUUCUAGUGGUGUAGCAAGGCUACCUCAAACUUUACCCAAGCUAUGAAAAUUUUAGCUUUAUAUGUUCAUGAUCUAGUGAUCCUUUUCAGUGAUUUGUUUGUGAAGAUUGUUUCAAUCUUUUGUUAGAUCUACCCUACAAGGCUCUUCAGGAUUCUCAAUCAAUCCAAAGUACAACUUGAGCCAGUAAGUUCUUUAAUUUGUAACAGUGUUCAUCCUUCUUCUUUCUUGCAAAUUUGCAUUUUGGUUUUAUCAGUUCACAUUCUAUCAUUUGCACACUCCAAGAAUACUCUUUUGGAAUACAUGUAUUUAUAGAUAAAUAUACAAACCUUUUUUUUUUUUUUUUUUUUUUUUUGGCAGGUGGAAGUGAGCACUUCAUCUCUGGAUCCAACUUUCUCAUUUGUAUUAGAUGCUGGACUUAAGAUGUUUAUUUGGUCUGGAGCAAGGGUGAGUGUCUGAUUGCUUUUGAUCUUUAAGUUGUAUGCAUCACAGCCUUGAAUGAUUAUUUGCAAAAUCCCUUGGAGAUACUGUUGUGUUCCCAUUUUUGAAGGUGACUUGCCAGACUUAAGAACAGUUCUCUUUUACUUAAUAUACGAAAGCCACUUAACAAAAAGAGUUCAUCUUCUGUUUUAUCUUCUAGGCAAAAGGAACAAUGAAAACAAAAGGAAGGUAAUUAAAAGUGAUGAGAUAAUCUUUGGAUAUUUUACAAUUUGUGUAGCUCAUAUUAGCGGCAAAUACAGAGUUAACUGAUGGAUGUUGUGUCUCUCAACUUGGUCUCAUAACAGGUUGUUUGCAGAAAAGCUGAACAAAAAUGAUCGUAAAAACAAAGCAGAAAUUAUAAUGUGUGAAACGGUAGGAACAAAGUGUUAAUUGGUAUUAUUAUGUCUUUUUAGUUGCCAUGUCUGUUGUCAGAUGGCGUCAAAAAUAUGUUGAGCCAAGUCUGUCACUCAAAAUUUGUUAUUACUGAACAGAGCAACUGGAAUCUAUUUGUUUUAUAUAAUUUAAAAAGUUUUUUGUCUGUCCUCCAAUAGGUGAGAACCAAUCAGAAUGCGUGCAUAACUGAGCUUAUUAUAUAAAAUAUUUUUUCUGGGAUAAUUUCAGUUUUGGUCUCUUUUACCUAAUGAUGCUAUUCUUUUCUCUGGAGCAUAAUUAGGUAAACCUUAUGUUGGUUGAUAGAGCCAAAGGUAUACUGGGAUAGGUUAGCAUCCUGUCAAUUCCUCAAGUUUGUCCCAAAUAUUACAUUUUAAAUACAUCUGCUCUAUUUUCUGGCCACUCUUGUAGAGUUCUCCUUCGAUAUUGUUUAUAAGGAAGUCUUAACCCUUUAAAUCCCAUGAGUGACCAAGACAAAACUUCUCCUUACAAUAUCAAUACAAUAUCAAGCAGUAACAAGCUUUGAUUUCUUUAAAGAAAAGGUUUUUAAAAUUUUUCACUAUUCUUUUUAGAACAUCAAAUGAUCAAAUUCUCCAAAAAAACAUUUGAACAAGAACUCUUAAAGUUGGCAGACCAGAAAUCAAAUUACUAAUGAGAUCUUGGGAGUUAACCCAGCUUUGAUCAAAAAAAACCAGGUGGUAAAGAUGACCCCUUUAACCCCUCAGAGUGAUCAGCAACUAAUUUCUCCCCAUAGUAAUACUGCUAAGUAAUUUACGUAAGUAAGUAAGAUCAUGAGAAUAAAAGAAAUGAUUGCCAACCUAAGAAGCUAUGAUUAAGGUACAAAUUCUCCUUGUCAGUACCAAAGGAAAUGUAAUAAGAAGAGCAUAGAGAAUAUGGAUACUGAUGUUCGGGUAUAAAGGAGUAUAAGAUUAUUUCAUAUCAAUAAAGGCAUUUUGUUGAUGUGUGUAAUUAAGGAAACUGGCCCUUCAGAAAGGAAUAGCUUAUGAAAAAGCAGGCCACUAGUGCUUCUGGAGAACACUGCUCUUGAGCUACAUUGCAUCUAGAAUACCUAAAAAUGAUUUUUAUUUCCACUUGUAAAAUAUUCACUAAAUUCAAGCUUCACAUUAAUCAUUAAUGCACUAAGAACUAGUCAGUUCUCAUUGGUUCUGUCACAUGGGAAACAUUUUGUACCAACUGAGAUAUUGUACAUCAUGUAUCAUGUUAUCCUAUCAUUUCACAUCUUAGGGAGAUGAACCUGCUGAAUUUUGGAGAAUUCUCGGUGGUCGUCCAACAGAUGAAAUUAUGGUGAGUGACACAUUAAGUGUCUGUCUCAAUAAUAACAGUUUUAAUGUUAUAAUUAUGACUAAUAAUAGUUUGUUCUACAAAUGAAAGAGUCAGAAUUUAGUUUUUAGAUAUUAGCUUCAAGGGAUGGACAAACAAUCUAAGCAACCUGUACAAAGAAAUUUUUUUUAAACAUUUGAAAGUUAUUAUUUGAACUUUCAAAAUUUUUUGAAAUUAUCUGUUCCAGACAGUUACUAUUGUUAAAAGAGGGUAUUAGGAUCAUUUCCCCCCCAUUUUUUUUUAAUUGUGGAAGAAAUAUCCAUAGUUACUUAAAAACCAUUGUCCACUUGCCCCCCUGCAAUUUUAUAUUGAUUAUUUUUUGUAGGAAAAACCAGAGUACAAUGAACCACCUCCUGUGCCUAUUCUGUACCAAGUAGCUCUAGGGCUAGGUUACUUGGAGCUUCCACAAGGUAUUUUCAUGAUAUCGUGAUUUUUAUCCUAUUGGAACUUUUUGACAAGGCAGUCAGUUAUAGCAUACCUGUAUACACCCCACCUGCACAUGAUAACCCUUUACAUCCUAACAUUGGCAUCCACAUUCUCCACACUGUUCUCUUUAUAUUACCUAUGGUACUAAGAGGAAGAAAUUGAUUGACAAUCAGGAGCUUCUUAAAUUGGUGAUCAUUUCCUGUAUUCUCAUGACCUUAAGAGAGAGGGGUAAGGGUUGAACAGCGCCAACUCAUUAUUAUUGAUAUCUAAUGUGUGUAUUUAGGGCACCACAAGUAUCAAUUUUUUUUGUCUAUUUUUAUCUUACAUAUCAGUGGAUACUAAUGGAGGGAAAUUGAGCACAAAAAUGCUAGAAAAUAAGCAUGUCUAUAUUUUGGAUUGUCAUUCUGAGAUUUUUGUUUGGUAAGUAAUAGUGUCUAUAUCUUGGCCUUAAUGUACCAAAAUCCUUGUUUUAAAGUUUAUUCUUUAAAUUGUUAAUACUUGAUAGAAAAAAAAUAUAUUUUGCAAUUAUUUAAUAUAUUUUACAAUUUUUAUCCUUGGUUUCAAUAGUCUUCCUUUUUUUAUAUUCCAAAGAUUACCUUUGUAAUGCAUCUGAUAAAAUAAAAUUUAACCUCAAAAUACAAGAAAUGGAUAUAUCGAACUAAUUAUAGUUCUAUUCUCCAGGAUUGGUCGCAAAUCAGCUCGUCUUGUACGUGCUGCAGCGAUGAAGCUCUCUCAGGAGCUUUACGCUAUGAUUGACCGUCCACAAUUCACUGUUCAAAUACGUAACCUCCAGGGGUAAGUAGUGGCUGGGCAGCUUGAUAUCAGAUCUGGAUUCAUGUCUAAUAAAACUCCAACUUGUAGUGUUGUUCUUCAUCUUGGCAUGUCUCCGGAUGAUAGAUGUUUCACCCUUUAAUUUUUAUAAUUAAAUUGGGCGAUAUACCUGUACAUUAUUUUGAGUUGUCAUGUCAUUUGGCCUUCUUUGUUUUGGUUUAAGUUAAAACCCCUUGAAUUCUGAAGAUAUAAUCAAGGCAAAGCUGGUAAAUACUGGUAAUUGUUGUAGAUACAUGCAGGGUUUGUAUGGGUCCUGGAGAACCUAGAAGGGUGUGGAAUUUUAUUUUGACACUCAACAAAUAAAGUUUUCAGAAUUUACAUUAUAAGAAGUGUAUAUAUACCAUAGGGAGAAAUGAUUUUGACAUCUUGGGAACUAAAGGAAUUUAGGUGAAAUUUGGAGACCUGGAAAAAUAAAUCUGAGUCCUGGAAAAGUCUUGGAAAAGUCCUUGAAAUUUGUUUCUGAAAAAAGGAUAUGAACCCUGUACAGGUCAGUCAAUAGAUACAUUGUCAUUUUGGAAUAAGGUGUAUACUGUCUUAUGUGAUAUCACAUAAGACAGUAUACUUCCUCCAAAGAUAACUAGUAAUUUGUUUUUAAUUCUAGGGCUGAAUCCCAAAUGUUUAAAGCUCGAUUUAUUGGCUGGGAUGACGUGCUUGCAGUGGAUUACACUCUCAGUGCUGAUUAUGUUGCAAAGGCCUCAAAACAGCUUGGAGUCACUGUAAGUCACCUAUGAGUAUCAUGGAAAUUUUGCUGUUCUGUAACAAUAGAUAAAAACUCAACAACCAAUUUGAAUUACACUUUAUUUUCAUAAACUUGGAAUAAUGGUAUCAAAUAUAAGGUAAGCUUGAGUAUUGACAAAAUAAUUAUUUUUUAGGGUACCAUUAAUGUCUGGAAAAACAAAGAGUCUUCUUGUUCUCAAUCAUUUACUUAGUUAUGUUGAGAAGUGUCUCAAAUGUAUGAAUCUGCUAGUUACUUCCAAAUAAAAUGUUUGGUGGUGGAUGCAUCAAAACAAAGAUAAACAAAGUUCUGGGAAUGCAUUUUCCCUAUAAUUAGAAUGCUAUUAAUACUGAUGACAAAUAAUAGUGAAAGUAUUUUUAAUCUUCUUUGGCUAGAAUAUAACCACAAAGGAAGCACAGGCUAAGCUCCAGAAGGUUGCAAAGGUAAUGUUGAUGGAAGCAUGAUUAUAAAUUUAGUUUUCAUUACUAAUGUUACUGGAUACAUUACCUUGCUGUUGAAGAAGCAUUCACUCAUCUGUGUCUCAAUCAAAUUGAAAUUCACAAUCUCUUAGCAGGGUUGUUGCUAGGCCCCAUGUGAGCAAAAUUAGUUCAGAUGAAAAAGCCAUAAUUGCUGGUAAAGUAAUUGCUUGGCAAAUUAAGACAGCAUUUCUGAAGUUACGCACUUACUAUUGUUCCAUAUCAAACAAUAUGUUUAAGUGGCCUCAUGUGAAAUUUCAGCCAACAGCCGAAUUUCUUAGUUACAACCCUGUCUCUGGGGUGAACAUCAUGUUGUUUGCACUGCAACAGCACUCUCACUCAGCACAGUUUGCACCAGUUGUAGGGCUUCCCUUUAUUAAGCAUCAUGGUGGAACUGAAAUUAUAUCAUGUGCAUGUUUGAAGAUUGACUUUACCUGUAAGUCUGUGGUGUAAUUGAUGGUGAUCAGCUCAUCAGCUUCAGCUGCUUAACUUUGUUUACUUUCAUCCACCAGGUUGAUCUAUCUGCUUUGUUCACUACUCGGCAACAGCCCAUCCCUAAUAAUGAGCAGGUAAUUAAUUUUUUGACCUGAUUUAUCUGACAGGGGAUUGCUUAGUGAUGGCAUAAACCCUUAUUAUUAAUAGCUUUUAUUCAAAACUGUUCUGUGUCCUUGAAGGAACAAUAUGUGGAGGAAUGGAAUGAAGAUCUAGAUGGUAUGGAGUGCUUUGUUCUGGAGGGGAGAAAAUUUGUCCGUCUCCCUGAAGAGGAAAUUGGUGAGCCUCUUUGUUGUUUUGACCCCUUUGAUUUGUUUUUCCAUACAUUAUCCAGCCACCAAGGAGAGAACACUCAAACCAGGAAGAAAUCUUAAUAAAAAAAAAAAUUACAUCCUAUUUCAGUUGAGGGGAGAAUUAACAAUCAGAUCUUGGGAUACAAAUAAGAUAACCAUUUCACCUGGUUUUGUACAAAUGGUGUUGCUGUGUUUUUGUCUAUCUAUUGAGGAACAAGAAUUUUGCAAAAGAAAUUCAUUUGGUUUGCUCUGAUGCUGCAUUUACAGUGUUUUGGUUUUGAUGUCAUUAUUCUGUCAGGACAUUUUCACACUGGAGACUGUUAUGUGUUCUUGUGUCGUUACUGGGUGCCAGUUGAACAACCUGAGGGAGAGGAAGAUGAUGAUGAACCAGUGGAACAAGAAGAAGACUUUCAAUGUGUUGUGUACUUCUGGCAGGUUAUUACUGAUUAUGUAUUCUAACGUUAAUAUUUAAUGUUGCAUUGAUUCCAAAUGACAUCAAAAUAUGGAGAGGACAAAAAAAUUGUACACUGCUUAAGAUUCAGCCAUAAUAUGUAUGUUAAUAUCAUGAGGUUUAAUUUACAAUGAUCUUAAAAGCUUUACUUGGUAGAACAUUUUCCCUCAUUCACUAUUCAGUUGCCUGUUUGUUUUCAUUUUGAUUUUACAGGGAAGAGAUGCAAACCAGAUGGGUUGGCUGACAUUUACAUUCAGGUAAUGCUUCUUAAAGGAAUAUGUCAAUGAUUUAUUUACUUACCAGUACAUCAGUUUACCAAAUUUUUAUUUAGUUUUAAAACCUUAAUCUGUAGUGUUCACCUGAAUGUGAUGUCUGAGAAAUCAGCAGAGUUUGCUUGUAUUUGAUGCCUGAGCAGUUAAAUUCAUAGAAUGUAACUUGACACCAAUCUAACAGAGAUUAAUUUUUCUUUUCCAGUCUUCAGAAGAAAUUUGAGUUGUUAUUUGGUGAAAAACUAGAGGUUGUGAAGACACAGCAGGUACGAUGUAUUCUGAAUCAAAAAGUUAAUAAGCAGUGUUGAACAGAUCUUUAAUUUUAUGAUGACUGAUCAACCAAGUGGAUGCUCAACAGUCUUCAAUAUCUGUGCUUUUGUUUAUUUUUCAGCAACAAGAGGCCCCAAGAUUUCUAGCUCAUUUCAAAGGAAAGUUCAUCAUUCACAAGGUAAAAGUGUAAUUUAUACCCCAAGUGGGGAAAGGAUUCCAUCCAUUGAUUAUUUUUUAUUGAAACUAGGAAUAAAGUGUUUAAGUUAAGUGGUCUCAACCCUUUAAACCCUAACAUCAUUAUGCAUAUUCUCCAUACUGUUCUCUAUACAAUUGCUAAAGUACUGACAAGGAGAAUUUGCUUAGCAGUCAAGAUCUUCUCUGUCAUUUCUUCUAUUCUUGUGACCUUAAUGUGUAAUGCAGUUAAUGCUUCACUUGAUCUAUCAAUAGGGAAAACGCAAAGAGCCAGUGAAACCAGAAGAAAAGAAUAAACCUCAGUUCUACCAUAUCCGCUCCAGUGGCGGCAUUCUGGCUAAGAGAGUGAUUCAGGUACAAAAAGAAGAUCACUGCUAUGGGUUAGCAUUUUCAAUAAAAAGAAAUUAAGAACUUCCUGACAUUUUACAUUGUAGUCGUCAGAGAUAGCAUCACUUGUAAAGUUAGAUUGCUCCUGAACUCUUUAAAAGAUGUAAUAUAAGUUAUUAUCAAUGUUAAUCAGACAUUUAUACAGUUGCUGUCUUGCUUGCUUCCUUCAAGUGUAUUUUGAAUCCUAAUUUUUGUUGUUGUUCAGUAAUGUCCAUUACUGUAGGUAACAAGUAUAUGUGGGUACAUUUUAUGCUGGUUUUUCUCCUGCUUUCUGCAGUCCUUUGGCCUCUUUAGGGGUAUAGCAUGGAAUUUUUAGGGGAAUUGAAACUCAGGGUACUUACAUAACUCUUCACUUAGAUAUCCAAUCUGUGUUUUCUCAAGCAACACUUUUGCCCCAUUCACACCAGCGAAACAUGUUCAAUUAAAUUUGGUUUAAAUGAAUGAAAAUCAGAAACAGAAAUGAAAAGUUGAAUUUCCCAUAGGAUUCAAGUCAUCUCUAAUUUGUAUUUUCAGUGUGCUAAAUUUGAAUAUGACAAAGAUCAUUUUAAGCAGUUUUUAUGAAGAAAACAAUUUUUAACCCAUGUUAAACAAAACAGCUUGAAAACAUGUUUGAGCUUUGGUGUAAAUGUGUUAUUUAUUGUAUAUCAUGAGCAUUGAGUGUUGCUUACCAUGUAGAUACUUUUUAUCACCCUAAUUAUCAAGUUGCAAAUUGCUGAAUUGAAUUGAAAAAUAAAUAACCUUAUCUCAGGGAGGAGGGGUUGAGGGGAUGGACAGGCACCCUCAGGCCCCCUCCUCUCCCUUACCCUACCCUAGCUAUGUCCCUGCUUUUUCGAUCCAAUUGUGAGUCAUGCAGCAUCAAAAUGCUUCCUUAGCCCUUGUUUGACUUAAGUUUUACACUGAGGUAUCUCACAAAAUCAGAGCUUUGUGUAUCUUAUCAAAAAUGAUGGUUGUUGCUUUUAUUAUUUAAUCUUCAGAUUGAAACUGAUGCUAGACAUCUGAACUCUGAAUUCUGGUAAGCCUCAUCUUUGAAUUUUUUCAGCAUGAAGUAGUAAAUUGUGGUCAAUAGAGUUACUACAGCUUACUGGAACACUGAAGGGUUAUUUCUUCCAGAGGUUACCAUUAUAGUAAUGCUGGCUGUAGGCUUGUGAAGACAAACUUAAAUUUCGGAAGGUAGCAGAUAUGAGAAUGGUUAAAAACUAUUAAUAGUUAGUGAUUAUGCAGUUACAAAAAAAAUUCUCAACUCAGUUAUGAAUAUUCUAUUUUCCAGCUACAUCCUGAAAGUUCCAUUUGAAAAUUACUCUGAAGAUGGAAUCAUAUAUGUAUGGAUUGGCAGGUAUUUCUCUCUAACCUUGUGCUGAAUGGUUUGUUUCCACUGUUUUGUUCUCUCUUUGAAAUUAACCUGAAUGUUUCUUUUAAACAAACAGCAAAGUCUCGGAAAGUGAAGCUGAUCAUGCCAAGGAACUCGGAAAUGAAAUUUGGGAUGUAAGUCAGAAAACUUCUCAAAUUUAGAUCUUAUUUAGGACCCACUCCACAGAAAGAAAUUGGUUUUGAGAGAUUUUUGUCAUGUUGACUUGUCCAUGUUACUGAUCUUUACCUUUGAUGAACAGAUUACCUGUGGUGGCCCAUGUUAAUUUUGUUUUUUGUUACAUUUGUCUUCUCUGAUUUUAUUUUUUUCUUGUGUGUAUCUUAGAGUGGCUACACAGUUCAAAUUGUCAAUGAAGGAGAUGAACCAGAGAACUUCUUCUGGGUGGGUCUUGGAGGAAAGAAAGACUAUGAUAAGGUGUGUGUUUCACUACCUAAAACUUUAUUUAGUUUCAGAGGGACUAUAUCUUUAUCAAGAAGCUUUGGGGUUCAGGACCUGUUUGUUUGAUUGUUGGAUAAGGCUAUCCACUGGAUAAAUUGCUAUCAGGUGAAUAGCACAGUACAUUUUGUUGACAGUUAUCUGCUGGAUAGCAAUUUAUCUGCUCCCUUUAUACAACUAGGUCCUGGUAGCUAGUUGGCUUACCACAAAGAACAAUGAAACAAGCCCUGGCAUUGAGUUGGGGCAGUUUUGAAUAUAGCUUAGUUAUUUAGUAGGACCACAGUGAAGUGAAGGAACAAAAACUUGUAUGAAACAGAAUGGAUGGGCGCUACAUUUAAGCAUUGGAAAGUGGAUUUCAGGGUAGCAAAAUGUGCUCUUAUAAUAAGCAGUUGGUUUGAGCUUCCCAAGAAUCACAGAAGAUAAAUUUUUUUUCUGAUAUUUGCAGAUAACUUGGUCUGUUUCCCAAGGUUAAUUUUAGAUUUCCUUUGCCCUCCCAUAGGGGUCAGAUUUUACUGUUAGGGAUCAUGUUUCAUAUGUGUUUUUUGCCUGUAUCUUUGCAGUCUGCAGAGUACAUCAAUUAUGCUCGUCUGUUCCGCUGUUCUAAUGAAAAGGGGUACUUUUCAGUCUCUGAAAAGUGUUCUGAUUUUUGUCAGGUGAGACUGUUAAUAGGUGUAUGUUUACUUAACUAGGGCUGCAAAAAGAAGACAAAGUAUAGAAUUCUCUAAAGCUAGAUUCUUGUUAAGGAGAAGUGUCAAUAGUAUUUACUUGUUUUAUAUGAAUUAAUAUUUUUGUGUCAAAAAUUUGAUCCUAUGGAGAAAAAUUCACAAAAAUGUAUUAAUCUUUACCAUACUAAUGGAACUGAUUUUAACUUUUCCAGUGGUAUUACCAUUUCUAAACCUGUACUUACCUCACGUUUUUGUUUGUUUGUUUGUUUGUUUAUUUACUUUGGUUUAGGAUGACCUAGCAAGUGAAGAUGUUAUGAUUCUUGACACUGGACAUGAGGUAUUGAUGGCAAUAAUUGGCAGUUUUUUACAGUUUGAAAUUUAGUUGUUUAACUCUUUAACUCUGAAGAUCAGGCCCCGGUUGUUCAAAGCUGGGUUAAGGUAACCCAGGGUUAGUGUGAAAUUUGAUUUCAGGUCUGAAAACUAUAAGAGAAAAUUCAGUUCAAAUCUUUUGGCUUGCAAUUUGAUCAUUGGAUGUUUUAAAAAGAAUAGUGAAAAUUUUCCCAAAAAGACUUUUGAACAAAGAAAUAAAGAAAGCUGGAUUAAAAUUUAACCCUGGGUUAGAGUUAAUCGGCCUUUGAACAACUGGGCCCUGAUUGUUAAUUCUCCCCUCUAGCUGCUACACAUUUCCUUGUAAAUAAGUUACAAGAAUUUGGUGUUCGAUCAAGAUAACAACUUCGACCUGAUAAGUUUGAGUAUUCUCAUUACGAGUUUGCUGGAUAAUGUAUGGAUAAUAUAGGGAGAAGUUACAUGUUAAUCACAGUUUUCUACAGUGUAAAAUUCCAUUGGUUAAGUACUGUUUUUUUUGUCUUAAACUGAUGAUCAGAGCCGUAUUGACAUGAUUAAUAGACCAGUAAUAUUUUAAUUGAUAAAUGCCCAAACUGUUAAAUUGUGUCAAGUUUAUCUAUUGUCCGACAAAGCAGAUGCAGUCAACUUUUAACCAUGUAACAGACAAACUGUAAACCCAUUUCAUUCUUCAGGUAUAUGUUUGGAUGGGACCUCAGUCCAGUGAUGUUGAAAGGAAGAUGGCCAUCAAAAGUACACAGGUAUUUUUAUUAACACAACACUGUCAGUGCACUUGAAAUGUCAGCUUUAUGGAACUACCAUAUGCAUGGCCACCUUACAUUAUCAACUCAGUUCAUUAAACCAAUUAAUCUUGUAAUACCCACCUCUGACACAGCACCGCAGUUUUAAAAAAGUGAUCACUCCCCCUCUUUUAUGCUCACUGCAGUUUAAAAAGGGGGGGGGGGGAAGGUACAGACCUCUUCUUUCAAAGUACAAGCAUAUAGAGGUUAAAUUAGGGGUGCUUCUAAGAGGCUUUGGUGUUGCCACGGUGACUUUCUGCAUCAAGGAAACAUCUUGAUUUGUUUCAUGAUGUGUGGAGUUUUGUGCAAUGAUAUUUUCAAUUAUCCCUCAGUAAAAGAUUAUGGUUGUAAUUAAUCCUUCAGAAGUAAAGACUGAAAUUAUUACAAGUGAAGGAAAACUGUUAUUGCAAUAUCUUUGUUAGGUUUAUAUUCAGCAUCUUAUGCAGCUUGACAGUGGUCCAAUCAGGAAGCUGCGCUGCACCUUCAGAGGGAAAGAACCACACCACUUUACGAGAUGCUUUCAUGGCUGGGGCCAAUUUCACGAUCCAAAGAUGUAA